AUGAACGUUUCAGCAGAUAACUUCAAUAUUUCACAGCUCAUUCAAAAUGUUACAUUACAAAAUUCACAAGGAUAUAAACAUGUUAGCAUUGUUUCGUUAUUAAAAGGUAAAUUUGAAAUAAUACUUAACAUCUUCAAUAGAGAAAUAAAGAGUUUUUUAACGAUUGACUAUUCACACCCAUCAUUCAAAUCAGAUGUUACUGAUUUAUUAAAUGUGAUAUUUAUUUGUAUGAUUAUGGUUUUUAGUGUUGGAUCAAUAUUUAUAUUAUUAUUAACAUUAGGAUGUUCUAAAGAUAAGAAAUUUAUUAAAUCUUUUUUGAUGAUUAUAGAAUAUUGUUGUGUUAUUAUAAUUGGCUUUGUUGGAAUGAUAAAUCAGUUGUAUGCCCCUCAGAAAUUUGAGGAAGUUUAUCUAUCAUUUUUUAUCUUUUUAAUGAUAACUAUCUUAUUUAUAAGAUUAUUAAUAUCAAUACCAUUCACAUUAAAUAUUCCAACAUUGUUUUAUCCAAUAAUUUAUAUCUUCUGGUUAGAUAACGAGAAAUUAACUUCAUUCAAACCACUUCAAUUUGCAUUUGGAUAUUCAAUUUUUAUUCAAUUUUUUGCUUCUAUUUUUUCAAAAUUAAAAUAUCAACUACCAUAUAUGUUAGUUGAAGUUUUUUCUCUUCCAUUAUUCUAUUUUAUUUCACAAAAUAAACCAUGUUGGAGUAUCAACGCUACUCUUUCAGUUAUUUUACUUCUUGAGACUUCUGCUCAUAUCUUUACUCUUCUUAGACCAAAGCAACGAACAAACAAGUUAAAGAAAGAUUAA